UUUUUUUAUUAAUCAGGAGCACUGAAUGGAAACCAAUCAGAUAGAGAGCCCCCUCGGCUUCGGCUCCCUGCAUGCCAGAGUUAAAAGUGAUGCUGGGAGAGAGCGAGCCCCACUUAGAUGCGAGUAGAUCCAGCAGUGGAGGUAGCAGGCAGCGUGGAGGACAGCAGGCAGAGCAGAGCACUGUUUCCACGCUGGUCACUGUAUUACUGCCUGAGGCUGAGCACUUGUCCUCUUCCCUUCUCUUCUUACCGAGAUCCUUUGAGACUGCAAAGAACAUUAAAGAAGGAAGAAGGAAUGAACCUGGAUUCUGUGCAGUAAAGUAGAUUGCUUUGAGGCCAAGAAAGAAAUCACUGCGUAGACCUGUUUGUGCUGUCAUGAUGAUAACUUACCAUUGCUUCUGGCUGCUGUUCUGGGUUGGUCAGCCUCACCAAAGUUUUUCAUCUCCAUUAUCCAAAAGGACUAGGGGCUUUCCGGAAAAGGAAAAGGUUUUGGAACUGUCUGGAAAUAACAGGAAGGAGUUUACUCGUUCCAAAAGGAGCUGGAUGUGGAAUCAGUUCUUUCUCUUGGAGGAAUACACAGGCUCUGAUUAUCAAUAUGUUGGAAAGCUGCAUUCAGACCAGGACAGAGGAGAUGGCUCACUUAAGUACAUCCUUUCUGGAGAUGGAGCAGGAGACCUCUUCAUUAUCAAUGAAAACACUGGAGACAUACAGGCUACAAAGAGACUAGACAGGGAAGAGAAGCCUGUUUAUAUACUUCGUGCCCAGGCUAUAAACAGGAGGACUGGACGACCAGUGGAACCAGAGUCUGAAUUCAUCAUUAAGAUCCAUGACAUCAAUGACAAUGAGCCAAUGUUUACAAAGGAUGUUUACAAUGCCAGUGUUCCAGAAAUGUCGGAUGUCGGUACAUUUGUUGUGCAAGUCACUGCGACCGAUGCUGAUGAUCCUACCUAUGGAAACAGUGCUAAAGUUGUGUACAGCAUUCUCCAGGGACAACCGUAUUUCUCAGUGGAGUCUGAGUCAGGUAUUAUCAAAACUGCUUUGCUCAACAUGGACCGAGAAAACAGGGAGCAGUACCAAGUGGUCAUCCAGGCCAAGGACAUGGGUGGACAGAUGGGUGGACUCUCUGGAACCACCACGGUGAACAUCACACUGACUGACGUCAAUGACAAUCCACCACGAUUCCCACAGAGUACAUACCAGUUCAAAACACCUGAAUCUGCUCCACCUGAAUCACCGAUUGGCAGGAUAAAAGCAAAUGAUGCUGAUGUGGGUGAAAACGCCGAGAUCGAAUACAGCAUCACUGAAGGAGAUGGAUCAGACAUGUUUGGGGUUAUCACUGACAAGGACACACAGGAAGGAAUUAUAACAGUCAAAAAGGCUUUGGAUUUUGAAAAGAAAAAGCUGUAUACUCUGAAAGUGGAGGCUACCAACACUCAUGUGGAUCCCCGAUUCCUCUACUUGGGGCCAUUCAAGGACUCCACUACAGUCAGAAUUCUGGUGGAGGAUGUGGAUGAGCCCCCGGUGUUCAGCAGACCAGCAUACAUACUAGAAGUGAAAGAAGAUGUGCCCAUAAACAGUAUUAUAGGAACUGUAACUGCACAGGACCCUGAUGUUGCAAAAAAUCCUGUCAAAUAUUCCGUAGAUCGGCACACUGAUAUGGACAGAGUAUUCAACAUCAAUUCCGGAAAUGGUUCAAUAUUUACUUCAAAACCCCUUGACCGGGAAACAUUGCUAUGGCACAACAUUACAGUAAUAGCAGCAGAGAUCAACAACCCAAAACAAAGCAGCCGGGUCCCUGUGUUCAUUAAGGUUCUGGAUGUAAAUGACAAUGCCCCAGAAUUUGCUAUGUUUUACGAGACCUUCGUCUGUGAAAAUGCAAAGGCAGAACAGCUGAUACAGACCCUAAGUGCAGUUGAUAAAGAUGAUUCUUUCAGUGGACAUCAGUUUUCAUUCUCCUUGGCUCCAGAAGCAACCAGUGGCUCAAACUUUACAAUCCAGGACAACAGAGACAACACAGCAGGGAUCUUCACCAGAAAAAACAGAUAUAACCGACAUGAAAUGAGUACUUAUCUCCUGCCUGUGGUGAUAUCGGACAGUGACUACCCAGUCCAGAGCAGUACUGAAACAGUCACAAUCCGAGUGUGCGCCUGUGACCGUCGGGGGAAGAUGCAGUCUUGUAAUGCAGAAGCCCUAAUCCAUCCAACUGGCCUUAGCACAGGGGCUUUGAUUGCCAUUCUUCUCUGCAUCAUUAUAUUGCUAGUUACAGUGGUGCUGUUUGCAGCUCUGAAACGGCAGCGGAAGAAAGAACCUUUGAUAAUUUCCAAAGAGGACAUCAGAGACAACAUUGUCAGUUACAAUGAUGAAGGUGGUGGAGAGGAAGACACCCAGGCUUUUGAUAUUGGCACACUGAGAAAUCCUGAAGCCAUAGAAGACAAUAAAUUACGCAGAGACAUUGUGCCAGAAGCACUUUUUAUGCCGCGCCGGACUCCAGCGGUACGAGAUAACACCGAUGUCAGAGAUUUCAUUAACCAAAGGUUAAAGGAAAAUGAUACCGAUCCUACCGCGCCCCCAUAUGACUCGUUAGCGACCUACGCAUAUGAAGGUAAUGGCUCUGUGGCAGAAUCCCUCAGCUCCUUAGAGUCGGUGACUACGGAUGGAGAUCAGGACUACGAUUACCUCAGUGACUGGGGUCCUCGAUUUAAAAAGCUGGCGGAUAUGUACGGCAGCGUGGACAGUGAUAAAGACUCUUAAUAUGUUGCCUUUGUUGAUUUCCAGAAACAGCAUUGAGAUAUGUGAAGUAGCUAUUUCUUUCUAUUUAUCCAUGGCUCUGUGAUAGGGCUCUCUAUUCUAUCGAUUCCAGUUGUCUAAUGACUGCAGUCUGUGUGGAUCAAAUGUCAGAAAACUUUUUUCUAGUAUAAUUUUAUGAGCUUCCAAGAGGCAAUUUUUUUUUUUAAUGCAUCCACUUUACCAAGCCAGUCUUACAGGCACAGUGGUAGGGGAGGGAAACAGGAAUGGAGGGAAGCAAUAUUUGUACUUGUUCUGCUUAUAUUGUAAAUUGGAGUAUAUUACUGUUCCAGCUCACUUAAUCUUCUUACUGUAUUCAGAUUAUUCAGCUCAGAUGAUUGCUCUGUCCAUUUUGUAUUGCACAUCCUAAUGUACUGAGGUAUUAUGGUUUAACCUAAAUAUUAUAGUAAAAAGUAGUGGGGGAGGAAUUUAUUAUAAAAUUAGAAUCAGCUGACAAGGCUAUAAGACAACAUGAGAGUAAAUUUAUUCUUGAAUUUAAAGAUGUCUAAUUGCCAUUUAACUAUAAAUAUUUUUUGUUGAACCUGCCAUUGGCCCCCAAAGCAUAAAAUCAUACCAACUCCAUGUAUAUAAUUCCCUGUGGACCACUAUAUCUGUAUCCCUCUUACCCAACAUUCACAGAGAGAUGUGUGUGGUCUGUAGCUCUGAGCACAGAAUUGCUAAGUACUAUCCCAGUUCUAAUACUGACUCACUUUGUAACAUUGGGCAAAUCACCUAAUCACCUUGGAUUAGACUGUGGUUUUGAAACAAGACUUGAGCAAGGAGCAGAAUGUAGUUGUGCUGUAUCCUAUGUCUAGUAUAGAUCACUUCUUCCAGGCACACCAGCUCAGUGUGUAGGGAGGCCGAGUGAGGCUCCACCCAUUUCUCUGCUUCUGCCCAUCCACACACAGAAGGGGAGUAGCAACUUUAAGAAGGCUACCAUCUUCCUUGUGACAUGGAUAGCGAGUGAAAAGGAGAAAGGGGGUACCUUGCACCCUUUACUCCCUUGCAGGGGUGCAUAAAAUGGGUCACAUUCUGACUCUGUCUCAGUUUUGCCAUCUGUAAAAUAGGAAAAUAAUGCCUACUUCACAGGGAUGUUGCAAGGGUAGCAAGAGUUUGAAAAUUGCUUUGAAGGAGGAAAGUGCUAAACUCUUAUCCUAGUAAGUCAUUUCUAAUUUUUUUUUUAAUUUUUUUUUGGUGAGGAUUUGAGCCCUGAAUGCACAAGUAAAUAGAAACGUUCAUCAUUCUGGUUACUAGAACCAGGAGGGUUUUAGAACACUGUCUUUACAAAUGCAUCAACCAGAAUUGUUAUAGGUUUCCAUUACACCAAGAGGUGGCGUUUUAAACAUGAAUCUUUCAGUUUGUUUCCUUAAUUUCCUUGCCAAACCUGCCAUUUUUGCCCAAGCCAGAACAGUGGUGCCAUAGGACUCAGUACGGGCCAGUGUCUCUUCUUUACAACUCACAUGCAUGAGGCAAAAGUGAUCAGCAAUGUAUCAGAAUGACAAGAGGAAUAUGUCACUGAUUACGUUUCAGAUCCAGCCAUUUGAAAUAAAUAGAUUAUUGCAGCUUUUAUAACCCUAAGGUCAUAGCCUUAUGACACCUUAUCAGGAAAGAGUGAAGUUUCUCUUUAUACAUCAUAUACAACCAUUCUCAUUCAUUCAAUAUAAAUAGAAUAAUUUACAUAGAAUAAUUUUAUGUGAUCUGUUGCAGUUGCUAGGUAUUUGUGUUCUUUCCUUGAAACCAUAAAGAAACUAGUUUAAACACGAGUCAGUAGCUCCAAUUUACCCUUUCCAAUAAUACAAGGAUAAGACAAACAUUAAAAGGCAGCAAACUAAAAGGGAUUAAAAAAAUAUUUUACCAUAUUUUAUACCAUCUGCGGAACUCAUUGCUACAGGAUAGUAAGACAAAAGGUUUAGUAAGAUUCCAAAAAGGAUUAGACAUUUACAAGCAUAAUAUGUGCUUAGAAAAACUAGGAUUCAAUGUAAAGGGCUAUCAAUCUUUGUGUGUUCAGGGCAUAAACUGGCAUCAGGAAGGCAUCUCCUCCCCGUUGCUUAAUUCCCAAUUGUGCAGUGCUGGACAACUAGACCCUUUAGAAAAAUCCCACUAAAUGCCUACGUGCAUCUUUAAGCACCAAACAUCUUUACAAAUCUGUCCCCUUAUGUCUUCCUUUCAGUAGUCUGGCAGUAACCAUUGUCUGAGGCAGAAGAGCAAGUUAGAUGUUUACUGGUCUGUUCUAGUGUAGUGUGUUUCCUAUUUUCUUAUCAUUUCAGAUGUUUUGUUUUUUUUUAAUUAAUGAUACUUAGUAGCAGUUCAGGCUAGAAUUUUGCAUUUUAUUGACCAAUGGUUUUAUCUGGUCAGGAACAUGACAUAGUGAGUGUACAGAGAAUGCGCCACACAAGCCUGUUGUGUAAAUAUAUAUAAAAGUAUGCAAUCUACUAACACCAAAAUUAUGGUGACAAACUGAAUAGCAAGUGAAUUCCUGUAAGAAAUUCUCAUGAGGCAAUUGCAUCAUUACUCACGUCUGAAUUAUUCUUUUAUCCAUCCAGCUUAUAAGUGCUGAUUUUUCCACAAAUGAGACUCAUUUACCAUCAUUCACACAUAACAAGAAGGGUUCAAUUCAGUCGUGUCUUCUUCCUCUGUAGCUCCACAAAGUGCAAUUAAAAAAAAACAGUGCCAUUUAAAUUGCCAUAUUGCAGUAAAUAAAAUAUUUGCGGUAAUAUUUUUACUGUACCUUGUGUGCUGCAGUGGCAAAGGAUGGAAACCACUGCGCCACAUUAUUUUUAUUCAAUGACUGGGAUGUUAAAAUUGUCCAUUAUAGACAAAGGAGUGUCAGAUUACAGCCUGAAAAGUGGGUUUCUGGGCUGUGUUAAGGAAGUGGACUGCUGCCUCAAUCACUAGGAUAUCUGUUCAAGUUGAAAGACCCCCUGAAAUGAUGCUAGGAGAUUCCAC